UCCUGUUUCUGCUCUAUAUCUCAGGAUUGGCUCUGGGUGUCGCAUUGACCAUUUGGUUUCGUGGCUGUGAUCCUGGACUGCUGGGGAAAAUAGCCAGCAUCGAUCAAAUUCUCCCUUACUACGUAAACACGUAUUUGGUUCACGUACCCGGCUUUCUCGGUUUAUUUCUUGCAGGCAUCGUCAGUGCUGCGACAAGCACGGUGUCCUCUACAAUUAACUCCCAAGUGGCCAUACUAUAUGUGGAUGUGAUUGCUCGUCGAUACAAGAAUGCUGACCAUCAUGUGCUGUGGAUCACACGUGGAAUAGCUUUCAUUUUAGGAAUUUGUAUGACAAUUUACAGCACCCUUUGCGUACACAUGGGAUCUGUAACAAUGGUCUUCAUGAUGGUCUACAACGGCAUCACGUCAGCAUUCGCGGGAUUAUGCCUGCUUGCCGUGCUGUUCCCAUUUGUGCACUGCAAGGGAGCCGGCGUGGCGACACUCAUUACGAUUGCGUAUCAGAUAUUACAUGUCAGCCAAAUAAUCAGAAGCGGAAGAAAACCUCCAAGAAUGGAUGUCAGUUUGGAUUAUUGCCCCGCAAACCAUACGAGCAUCGUUGCAGCCUUGGACAGGAGUCGAGGCGCACAUGAAACAACGAAUGAAUCUUUCAUUCUCUUCCGCGUCUCGUACAUGUGGACAAGUUUCUUUGCAAUAUUUGCAGUUGUCAUCAUCGGUGUGCUUGUGAGCUGUCUUACAGGAGAAAUAAGGAUUAGAAAUGAACAGCUACACCUCUGCAAUGAUGAAGCGGUUCGGUUCUGGCGCUAUGCGAGGCUGCUCGGUGAUGAAGAAAAGAUUGAGAAAGCCAAGAAUGCAGUGCCCAAGGAAACAAUGCACAACUGCAAAGCUGAAGAUGAUAAUCUUCUUGCGUGCAAAGAUGAAACAUACAUUUGAAGGAGACACCAAUGGAUGCAAAAAUGAGUAUCAAAGAACACAUGUAAAUAAAUUGAAAAGUACGAGUAUGUUACCACAAGACACCACAAAGCAACGAUGUUCUGUAAUUUUAGUCAAAAUUGGUAGAGGGUCCAUGAAACUUCUUUGAUGACGUAAACUUUUAAUACAGAAAGAAAGCGAACAAUGAGGGAGAGGAACAAUAAUAUUUAACAGCAACGAACAGGAGUAAUAAACGUGUACUAAGU